AUGGGCGUGAUGGACACGCUCACGCGGAGCACCGCGGAUACCGUCGCCAAGACGGACUCCAAGAAGUGGGCCAUGGACCGAUCCGAGGCCCUUCGCGUUGUGUUCCACGCCCUCGACGGCGACGACAGCGGCAGCAUCGAGAUCGAGGAGGUGCUCCACCUCGCGACGGGCAUGUGCCAGACCAUGAGCGAGGACGACGCGCGCGCGUGGUUCCAGGAGAUGGACAAGGACGGCGACGCCACCGUGGACGAAGCGGAAUACCUCGAAGCCAUGCUCAAGCUCACGGACGACCUCUCCCCGCAACAGUUCGAACACCGCGUCAAGGACCUCCUGGCGCGGACGAACAAAGAGGUGACGGACCCGAGGUGGUACUACCACUGCGAAAACAACAGGGAGUACCUGGAAGCCGAGGUGGUGCCGCUUCUGGAGAGCGGGCUGAACGAGAUGAUGCGCGCGAUCGAAGCCGAGCGGCUGAGGGUGGCGUCGGGGAAGGACUGGGACGAGGACGGUCACGUCCCGCCCGACUGGCGGCCCAUGCGCCCCCUCCAGUUUCUCGGCGAGUACCUUCGCGAAAACUCGAGGACGAUGGUUCGAAAGCGCGAGGAGGAGGCGAGGCUCGCCGCGGAGGCGGCCGCCAAGGCCGAGUACCUGAACCGCACGUUCGACGAGAUGGAUCGCGAGCAGAAGCUGCGGUACUCCUUCGACAAGAUCGACGGCGACGGCAACGGCGCGCUCGACUUUGACGAGCUCGUGUUUGUGUGCCGGAAGAUCAACCCCGGGAAGGGAGUCGAGGAGGCGCGGAUGCAGCUGUCGUGGAUGGACAAGGACGGGGACGGGCAGGUGGACCAGGACGAGUACGUCAACGCGAUUCUGGAGAUUAUGCAGGACGUCGACGAGGAAACGUUCGUGAAUGGCGUGAAGCGCGUCUUGACCGCCGUACAGUUCGCAAAGGCUGACAGGAUCGAAAAGUUGAAGAUGGUCUUCGAGCGCGUGGACGAGGACGACUCUGGCGAGCUCGACCGCGACGAGCUCACCAAGCUCGCCGUCGCGCUGGUCCCCGGCGGUGACGAGGUCAAGGUGCGCAAGACGAUGAAGUGGCUCGACGCCAACGGCGACGCGGCGGUGUCGUUCGAGGAGUUCAAGGGUCCGAUGAUUGAAGCCACGGAAGGUCUCGACGACGAUCAGUUUGACGCCGCGGUGCACAAACUCUUGGCCGCCGAGGGCGAAGCCGUCGAGCCCGAUCCCGCGGACGAUCUACCCCCCAAGUUCGGCGCGUACGUCACGCAGUUCCCCAGCCACGCCAAGUGCAAGUGGAUCGGCGUCAAGCGCGUCGACUCGAUGACGAGAGACGAGAAGAAGAUUUGCGUCGUGGACUGCCGCUCGCCGGAUGAGCGGGCGGUGUCCAUCAUCAAGGAUUCCGUGCCCCUCGGGGACGUCAAGUUCGUGUCGUUCGAGGACAACAACGUGGAGGCAGUCGCAGGCGGGGCGGACGUGUCCGCGGCGUGCGAGGGUGCCGACGUGGUGGUUUGCGUGAGCGCCGUCGGAGCCGAGGGCGGCAUCGCGGCUCCGAUCCUGGCGGAGAAGUUGGAGGGUAAGGUUGAGGUGCGAAACCUGGUCGGGGGGAUCGUGGCGUGGUACAACGCGGGCGGCGAGGUGGUGGACGGCGAAGGUAACCCGGUGGAGGCUGUGCACCCGGGGCAACGGCGGUGCAUCGGGUUUGUCACCCGGGCCAGGAAGAACGCUUUCAAGUUCCCCAAGGAGGAGAAGUAA